AAUCUAAAGAAGACUAAACCCACCACCAGCCUUUCAUCGACUCGACGCAACAUAUAGAUAUACGCCUACGCCCAUCCCAAUGUACCGACUCAACUCCUUUCUUCUUUUGCUCCAAUUUAGUUACCAGUCCAUUUCCCUUGGCUAACCCUAACUCCCGAUCCAACUCGCCACUCGUUCCGGCUCAACUCGCUCAAACUUCCUCGUCUCAUUUCCAGAUCCGCCACUGGGGUUGAUGCUUUCUAGUCCAUUUAUUGUGGAUUAGAACAGGUGCAACUUGAAGGAUUCCACUUCCUUUUCCUUUUAUUGAACAAUGGCAUUGCCAUCGAUCUUUAAAAGGAAGUAUUGGGCUGCUUUCGUUUACUUGGUUCUGGUAUCAAAUAUCUGUAAUGGGUUUUAUCUGCCGGGUACCUACAUGCAUACAUAUACAACUGGAGAAGUAUUAUAUGUCAAGGUUAAUUCAUUGACUUCAAUUGAGACUGAGCUUCCUUUCAGCUAUUAUAGUCUUCCUUAUUGCCCUCCUCAAGGUGGAAUUAAGAAAAGUGCCGAGAAUCUUGGUGAACUACUUCUGGGAGACCAGAUUGAUAAUUCUCCCUACCGUUUCAAGAUGAGCGUUAAUGAAUCUCUUUACCUCUGCACUACGCCCCCGCUGAGCGAGCAUGAGGUCAAGCUUUUGAAACAGAGAACUCGUGAUCUAUAUCAAGUGAAUGUUAUUCUGGACAAUUUACCUGCUCUGAGAUAUGCCACCCAAAAUGGAGUUAGAAUCCAGUGGACAGGAUUUCCAGUUGGCUACACGCCACUAGGUAGUGAAAAUGAUUACAUCAUCAAUCAUCUCAAGUUUAAGGUUUUCAUUCAUGAAUAUGAAGGAGCUGGUGUGCAGAUAAUUGGUACUGGGGAAGAAGGUAUGGGCGUCAUUUCUGAGGCAGAUAAAAAGAAGGCCUCUGGGUAUGAGAUUGUUGGUUUUGAGGUUAUUCCCUGCAGUAUUAAGUAUGAUCCUGAUAAGAUGGAAAAGCUUCAUAUGUAUGACAGUAUAGAACCUACAAGUUGUCCAUCAGAGCUUGAUAAGGCUCAAAUAAUAAGGCAGCAAGAAAGGGUUUCAUUUACUUAUGAGGUUGAAUUUGAGAAAAGCAAUACUAGAUGGCCUUCUCGAUGGGAUGCUUAUUUGAAGAUGGAAGGAGCCCGUGUUCACUGGUUUUCAAUCCUUAACUCAUUGAUGGUCAUCUUCUUCUUGGCUGGUAUUGUUUUUGUUAUCUUCUUGAGGACUGUUAGGAGGGAUCUGACCAGGUAUGAGGAAUUGGAUAAAGAAACUCAGGCUCAAAUGAAUGAAGAGCUUUCUGGAUGGAAACUUGUGGUGGGUGAUGUGUUCAGGGAACCAAAUCACUCCAAACUACUCUCUGUGAUGGUUGGAGAUGGGGUUCAGAUUCUAGGAAUGGCAGUUGUUACUAUUGUCUUUGCAGCCUUUGGGUUUAUGUCACCAGCUUCACGAGGUAUGCUGCUGACAGGAAUGAUACUUCUGUAUCUUUUCCUGGGAAUUGCUGCUGGGUAUGCUGGUGUACGUCUCUGGAGAACUAUUAAGGGUACCUCAGAAGGGUGGAGGUCGGUUUCUUGGUCAAUUGCUUGCUUCUUCCCUGGGAUUGUUUUUGUUAUUCUCACUGCUCUGAAUUUCAUCCUCUGGGGAAGUAAUAGUACUGGUGCUAUUCCAAUUUCCUUGUAUUUUGUUCUUUUGUCACUCUGGUUCUGCAUUUCAGUCCCCCUCACCCUUUUGGGAGGUUUCCUGGGUACUAGAGCUGAGCCCAUCCAAUACCCAGUGCGAACCAACCAGAUUCCUAGGGAAAUCCCUGCUCGCAAAUACCCAUCUUGGCUUCUGGUCCUUGGUGCUGGAACUCUUCCAUUUGGAACUCUCUUUAUUGAACUUUUCUUCAUUCUCUCUAGCAUCUGGCUUGGACGGUUCUAUUACGUCUUUGGUUUUCUCCUAAUUGUUCUACUGCUGCUAGUAGUUGUUUGUGCUGAAGUUUCAGUGGUACUCACUUAUAUGCAUCUCUGUGUCGAGGACUGGAUGUGGUGGUGGAAAGCAUUCUAUGCCUCAGGUUCUGUUGCCCUGUACGUGUUCUUGUACUCCAUCAAUUACUUGGUCUUUGACCUGAAGAGUUUAAGUGGACCAGUAUCAGCAAUACUUUAUCUUGGCUAUUCCCUUAUCAUGGCAAUUGCAGUCAUGCUGGCUACUGGUACAAUUGGUUUCCUCACAUCAUUUUAUUUUGUCCAUUAUCUCUUCUCAUCAGUGAAGAUUGAUUGAAGAGGUACCUUGGAGCGAUCAUCAUUUGCUAGCAGCUGGAGAACAGUGGCCUGUAGUAGUACUGUAGCUGGAGGAAGUUCGACUUUUUUCAUUGUAUUUCUUUCUACAAAAUCUUUCUGCACCAUACUGUAUACCAGGAGGCUCUCAUGUUGUCAUUAUAGUGCCUUGAAGGCGUAUAACUUUUUCACGUGCUCGUUGAGGCUAGGGUUUCGGAAGUAUCAAAUUUGUGAUUUAGAUUUUUCAUUCUCAUAUGUACUGCCAAUGUCUGUUAAUUGCCCUACUUAUUCCCCACCCCUUGUAGUCCUUUUUGGAUCUUCCCAUUUUGAUCGUAUAUUGAUGUCCUCUCAUUUGUGCUGUAAAAGUAACCGAAGUCGUUUGAAUCUAUCUGCAACUGCUGAAAGGGAUGAAGCAAUCUUCAAAGCAUUCAUGACUUCCUGUAAACGGCACCUUUUUGUUAAAUUGGCAGUUCAAUUGUGCGCGGGCACGAAAGUGUUA